AUUUUGGGGGAGUAUGUCAUUUUUAUAGAUUUUGAUAUCAAAAAAGGGAGCGAAACUUUUGAGUUUCCCUCUUUGAAAGAGUGCAUAUAGAAAUUAUUUCCAUUUCCCGUCAGAAAUUUCCAAUCUCCAGCACAAUGAAAUUCAAAGCAUUUUUAACAGAAACCGGCGUAAACCUACUCGAAAAACGCUUCAUCCCCUCCCUAGAAAAAACCUCCAAAACCUGCCACCUCUACUUCACAAAAACCCACACACUCUUCCUCCACAACCUCCUCAACGGCGACGGAAUCCAAUCCAUAGCACAAUUCAACAACCAAAUCCUCUUCGACGACUACCGGAUCUCAAGCCAAAACGACGAUCGAAUCGCCUUCGUUAUCGAUCUCUCGCUUCUCCUCCGUGCGCUUCGUAGUUCCGUUGCUAUCUGUUCCGAUUAUUCUGCCGCUGUUCCUAACCGUCUUCAGAUUAAGCUUGUUAAGAAACUUUCUCAGAACUCUAGUAUUGCGGCGCCGUUUCUUACUUUUGAAACGCGCGGGUUUAAAUCGGCUGUUGUUCAGGAUAUUCCUAUUUCGAAACCGUUGUCUAGGGCUCAGGUUGUUGAGCUUCAGAAUGCGCUUGAUAUGGCUCAGGAUAUUCCUCAAACGCUUAUCCAGGUGCCUGAUUUGAAUCAGUUGCUUAACUUAGUGGAUCGUAUGAAACAUGUGGGUGAUGCGGUGGAUGUGUCAAUAAGUAAGUAUGGGGAUUUAAGUGUACAGGUUUCAACCACAUUGAUCAGCCUUGGAGCCGAGUUUCGAAAGCUGUUGGUAAUCGGAGAGCAAGCAAAUGCUCCAGCAGAGGAUCAAAAUCUCAGUGCUCAGACUAGAUCCUCAAGGUCUAUUUCAAGAGGAGAUGCUCAAUCAGUGCAGGUGAGUGUGAAGCACUUCGCCAAGAGUCUGCAAUGUCACUUGGCUAAACCUGAUUGUGCUUUCUAUGGGAUUGCUCCCCAGGGAAGUUGUUUGACAGUGAUAUUCCAAUUCUUCAUCCCCGGUACCCGUCAAACUGAUAAAUCAAUCAGCUAUCAUUGCAGGCUUCCUGUACUUGACCCUGGUGCUGGUUAAAAUCCAACUCUAUUAACUGUGUAAAUUCGGUUUUUUAUGAGCUUAAACAGAAUAUCAUACAUUCUGGUUUGAUUUGUUGUAUUCAAGACCAAGUUUAUGAUACAUCAAUUUAACUAUUAACUUGUAUGACUUAGCAAAUACUAUGGCAAUAUAACUUGCCGUUUCUUCUCUUUAUUGCAUAUAAUAUCAACUAUUUUAAGAAUCA